GAGCCUCCGACUACACAGGAGCCUCGACUCCACAGGCGAGCCUCGAGUACACAGAGCGACUGUGUGGUGCUGCUGCUUGGUUUCUUCCUUGCUUCAUCCCCCUAUCGCUUUCCAUCGCACAUCAGUUUCCUCCUACUGUCAAUCCGCCCUCUCACCGCCCUGCCCCCCUCACUGUCCUGCCUCUUUCACUGCCCUGCCCUUCUCACCGCCCCUGCGUGCAGAAACUACGGCUCUACCGUGGCCUGCCCUGCCAGCAGCUCCCAGCCUUCUCACAGCCCCUGCCCUCCCACUUCCUUGCCCUCUCUCUCACUUCCUCCCACUUCCUGAUCUCUCACUCCCUUGCCCUCCCUCUCACCGCCCCUGCGUGCAGCAACUACGACUCUACCGUGGCGUGCCCUGCCAAAAACACCUCGUGUGUGGUGGAGCAGAGAGACGGCAGCGAGUUCUGCACCGCCUGUGCUGCCUUCUGCAACUCCUGCAUCCCUCCCGCCCCUGCGUCCGAUGCCCCACCAUCCAUUGCCCAACCAUCCGAGGCACUCCCAUCCGAGGCACUCCCAUCCGAGGCAACCCCAUCCCAAGCAUCCCCGUCAGAAGCAUCCCCAUCUGAGCCUCCGAUCUCUCCUCCCAUCCCUGCAUCUCCCUCCGAGUCUUCCCCUUCCCCUCCUCCUUCCCCUCCUACUCCUGUUGAGCCUCCUCCAUCCAACCCCGACGGCAGCAGCAGCAGCACCACCACCAUCACCAACACCAACAACAACAAUGCCAACGCCAGCGCCAAUGCUUCCUCCUCCAGCUCGGGGCUGUCCACAGGAGCCAUCGUGGGCAUCGUGGUGGGCGUGCUGCUGCUGGUCGUUGGUGUCGUGGCCGCUGUCUUCAUCGUCAUUCAGUGCGGCAACAGGUCUAAAGGAGCCAUUGUGGGCAUCGUGGUGGGCAUCGUUCUGCUCAUCGUUGGCGUUGUUGCUGCUGCCUUCAUCGUCAUUCAGUGCAGCAACAGGUCCAAAGAUCCUGAAAUUCCCCUCCGUUAUUCCUCUCCGUUAUUCCUCUCCGUUAUUCCUCUCCGUUAUUCCUCUCCGUUAUUCCUCUCCGUUAUUCCUCUCCGUUAUUCCUCUCCGUUAUUCCUCUCCGUUAUUCCUCUCCGUUAUUCCUCUCCGUUAUUCCUCUCCGUUAUUCCUCUCCGUUAUUCCUCUCCGUUAUUCCUCUCCGUUAUUCCUCUUCGUUAUUCCUCUCCGUUAUUCCUCUCCGUUAUUCCUCUCCGUUAUUCCUCUCCGUUAUUCCUCUACGUUAUUCCUCUCCGUUAUUCCUCUCCAUUAUUCCUCUCCGUUAUUCCUCCCCGUUAUUCCUCCCCGUUAUUCCUCCCCGUUAUUCCUCCCCGUUAUUCCUCUCCGUUAUUCCUCUCCGUUAUUCCUCUCCGUUAUUCCUCUCCGUUAUUCCUCUCCGUUAUUCCUCUCCGUUAUUCCUCCCCGUUAUUCCUCCCCGUUAUUCCUCCCCGUUAUUCCUCCCCGUUAUUCCUCUCCGUUAUUCCUCUCCGUUAUUCCUCUCCGUUAUUCCUCUCCGUUAUUCCUCUUCGUUAUUCCUCUCCGUUAUUCCUCUCCGUUAUUCCUCUCCGUUAUUCCUCUCCGUUAUUCCUCUACGUUAUUCCUCUCCGUUAUUCCUCUCCAUUAUUCCUCUCCGUUAUUCCUCCCCGUUAUUCCUCCCCGUUAUUCCUCCCCGUUAUUCCUCCCCGUUAUUCCUCUCCGUUAUUCCUCUCCGUUAUUCCUCUCCGUUAUUCCUCUCCGUUAUUCCUCUCCGUUAUUCCUCUCCGUUAUUCCUCUCCGUUAUUCCUCUCCGUUAUUCCUCUCCGUUAUUCCUCUCCGUUAUUCCUCUCCGUUAUUCCUCUCCGUUAUUCCUCUCCGUUAUUCCUCUCCGUUAUUCCUCUCCGUUAUUCCUCUCCGUUAUUCCUCUCCGUUAUUCCUCUCCGUUAUUCCUCUCCGUUAUUCCUCUUCGUUAUUCCUCUCCGUUAUUCCUCUCCGUUAUUCCUCUCCGUUAUUCCUCUCCGUUAUUCCUCUCCGUUAUUCCUCUCCGUUAUUCCUCUCCGUUAUUCCUCUCCGUUAUUCCUCCCCGUUAUUCCUCCCCGUUAUUCCUCCCCGUUAUUCCUCCCCGUUAUUCCUCUCCGUUAUUCCUCUCCGUUAUUCCUCUCCGUUAUUCCUCUCCGUUAUUCCUCUCCGUUAUUCCUCUCCGUUAUUCCUCUCCGUUAUUCCUCUCCGUUAUUCCUCUCCGUUAUUCCUCUUCGUUAUUCCUCUCCGUUAUUCCUCUCCGUUAUUCCUCUCCGUUAUUCCUCUCCGUUAUUCCUCUACGUUAUUCCUCUCCGUUAUUCCUCUCCAUUAUUCCUCUCCGUUAUUCCUCCCCGUUAUUCCUCCCCGUUAUUCCUCCCCGUUAUUCCUCCCCGUUAUUCCUCUCCGUUAUUCCUCUCCGUUAUUCCUCUCCGUUAUUCCUCUCCGUUAUUCCUCUCCGUUAUUCCUCUCCGUUAUUCCUCUCCGUUAUUCCUCUCCGUUAUUCCUCUCCGUUAUUCCUCUCCGUUAUUCCUCUCCGUUAUUCCUCUCCAGGUGGAGGUAGAAUACACGACUCAAGCUGCGGGGGCAUACGCAGGGGAUAACCAGUACAACAAGCCGCCUCAGGAUGCUUAUGCUGGUUACCAGCCUGGUGCUGCUGGCCAGGUGUAG